CGUUGAGAGAACCCCAGUCUCCCGUGGGAUUGGUUCUAUAUGAAUCCCAGCCUAUAUAACAUUUAGCAUUCUGCCUCGAUUCUUCGACGCUUAUCAAAAACCCUAGCUUAGCAGGUUCGUUGGAGAUAUUUGGAAUGGCGACUGAACCCAAGGCGGCAACAGAAGAACCGAAGAUCGAUCUGUUCGAAGACGAUGACGAGUUCGAAGAGUUCGAAAUCAACGAAAAGUGGGAGGACAUGGAGGAAGGGAAAGAGAUAAUGCAGCAGUGGGAAGAUGACUGGGAUGAUGAUGACGUCAAUGAUGACUUCUCUCUCCAGCUGAGGAGGGAGCUGGAGAGCAAUACUGAGAAGAAGAAUUGAGCUAAGAAUAGAUACUUGACAUUGUCAUUUGCUCUUCUUCAGCGUCCAUUGCAAUUUGUUUUCCAAACUCACUGUCAGUUUCCUCAUUAAACUUUUUAUUUCUGACAAAUAGUGUAUGAAUUUGGUUUAGACUCGCGAAGCUUGUGUUCUAGAAAUUCAGAACUCAACCAUUUGUAAUGCAUCCGUGUCGUAUGUUUUAUUUUC